AUGACCGAGACGUCGCUGUGGUUUGGCGCCAAACGUGUAUCGCAAUGGGAGGAAUUGAUGAGAAAAUUUUCGGAAUCUCACAAGGAGCAAUGCAAGUCUGUGUCUCUGGACAUACCGCGGGUUCAGCGUUCAGUGAAGCAGUUCCCGACGGGUUCUAAGUAUGAAGGCACGUGGGAUGUGUUGGGUAUGAGCGGAUAUGGAGUGUACAAAUUUCCCAAUGAUGUUAUAUACGAAGGAGAAUUUGAAGAUGGGCUUUUCCACGGACGCGGGGAACUGAUUUAUCCAAGUGGGGAAGUCCUCAAAGGGCAGUGGAAGAGAGGGGCGUUGAUUGACAGGAAUCUUAUAUUUUCCGACGGCUUGGAAUAUAGCGAUAUAGACUGGAAUUAUUGCCGCAUGCCCGAUAGAAGAUUCACAAUCGAGUACAAUACUGGCUUGCAACCGGCUGGGCAAUCCUACAUGACUCCUGAGCAGCCGCCACGUGAAAUACCCAUCGGUUAUUAUGAUACUGGCGACGGCUUUUUUGACCCUAAAACCAAAGUUGUAUACAGUAUACAUGACCUCACUGCUAUAAUUAGAUCUCCUUCAGUUCGUGAACAAAAGUGGAUUAUAGACAACUGUAGAACGAAUCCACUUCCUCCAUUAGGACCUCGAAAAGAUCUUUACGAAGAAUGGAGCGAGCCGCUUUUAAAUUUGCGAUCUAAAGAACACCAUCCCUCCACUAUAAUUUCUUCCAAGUCAAUGUAUUCUCUUAGCUAUCAAGAUAUGGAAGAUAUCCAUGAAUACGGUACUUGCUAUUGGAGGAAGCCUUCAGAAGGCCCUUGGACCAAACGUUUUAUAACGUUCGAAUCUUAA